AUGUAGAGGCAGCUCAAAGGAGAGAGAACACGGCUCAAAAAAGAAACAGCUGAACUUAUUCUAAGGAUGUGCGGUAUUUGCUGUGUGUUGAGCGUGUCCUCCUCACAUUCUGUGCUGGAGCACCAUGUGUGUGAAAACCUGAGAAAGAGGGGGCCCUGCUCCAGUCAAGAGAUCACGAAAACUGUGGCCGACCUAGGCUACCGGUGCCUUUUUUCUGCCCAUGUCCUUCACUUGAGAGGCUUCCUGACUCCACAGCCAGUUGAGGAUGGGAACGGGAAUGUGCUUCUUUGGAAUGGAGAGGUGUUUGGUGGCCUAACCAUAGGGAACAAGGAAAACGACACCCAGGUUCUCUGCCAGCACCUCUCAGGCGCUGGCCAUCCUGAAGAGAUACUGUCUGUACUGUCCCGGGUUCGAGGGCCCUGGGCUUUCAUUUAUUACCAGGCAGCCAGGCACUGCCUCUGGUUCGGCAGGGACUUUUUCGGUCGACGAAGCCUGCUCUGCCGUUGCGAUGCGGAGGAGAAAUCGGUUGUGCUCACUUCAGUGGCUGCAUCCCUCUCUGGCCCUGGAGGCCCAGGCUGGCAGGAAGUGCCUGCAGGUGGGAUUUACAGGAUAGAUUUAAGUGCAUUUAAUGAUCCAGGCUCGUUCACUUUAGAAGUGUAUCCAUGGGUUUGUGCAGACAGUGCCCUGCUACAAACCAAUCAUGAUUUUAAGUGGGGGGGAUUAUCCAGUUGGGUGUCUUUGAAAAUGAGCGAUUCUGGACUUUUUUUAGCCGCCCCAGUUUGCCCCCUGAACACAGCUAUGUCCGAGAUACUCCCUGACACAGAGCAUGCCUUCGGCCCUCAGCCGUGUGCUGAAGACCUGGAUGCGUUUCUGAAUUGUGGUGAAAAACAAAAAGUUGUUCGCCACCUCAUUGAUGUGUUGAGUGAGGCGGUGCGAAGGCGUGUGCAGGCUCUUCCCUGUUUAACCCCGGAAACAUCACCAUUAGCCACAGAGAAGGCUGACAUUGCCAUACUUUUUUCCGGUGGGAUUGACUCAGUAGUUCUUGCUGCAUUAGCUGACCGUCAUGUCCCUUCUGGGAAGCCCAUUGAUCUCCUGAAUGUGGCCUUCGAGCUGCAGGAACCUCAGAAACGGAAAGAAUCAAGCAGGAAGUCAAAGGGCUGCAAAUUAAAACCCACGGAGACCAGUGCCGCCCCCAGUGGACCGGGGGACUCUAGCAGCUUCAGUGUGCCAGACAGAAUGACUGGCAAAGCCAGCCUGAAGGAGCUGCAGGCACUAAACCCACACCGAAGGUGGAACUUUGUGGAAAUAAAUGUCACCCGAGAAGAGCUCCAGGAAAUGAGACAGAAAAACAUCAGACACCUGGUGCACCCUCUUGAGACGGUGCUCGAUGACAGCAUCGGCUGUGCUGUGUGGUUCGCUGCCAGGGGAGCUGGCAUGGUGACAGAGGGCAGAGAACAGAAUGCGUACACUUCAACUGCAAAGGUGGUUCUGACAGGUAUUGGGGCGGACGAGCAACUUGCUGGGUAUUCCCGACAUCGGGUGCGCUUCAAGACCGCCGGCCUGGAUGGUCUGGUCCAAGAGCUAGCCAUGGAGCUGGGGAGAAUCUCCUCCAGGAACAUGGGCAGGGAUGACAGAGUCAUUGGAGACCAUGGGAAAGAGGCCAGGUUCCCCUUCCUGGAUGAGGAUGUGGUCAGUUUCCUGAACAGCCUGCCGGUGUGGGAGAAGGCCGACCUGUCUCUGCCACGGGGCCUGGGGGAGAAGCUCCUUCUGCGCCUGGCUGCCAGAGAGCUGGGCCUGGGGGCUGCUGCCACACUGCCCAAGAGGGCCAUGCAGUUCGGCUCCCGCAUCGCAAAGCUGGAGAACAGCCAUGAGAAGGCCUCCGAUAAAUGCCACAGACUCCACACAGCUUAAACCAGAAUCCCUUUUAAUCAGUAGUAUAUUCAGUUUCUGUAAUAAAUGUGAUUAAAAGCAGCAUGGCAGAAGCUUCAUGUAG